AUGAAACUCACUUUUUUAUUGCAAUUAUUCGUUCUCGGAUUUUUUUUGGAGGUCGUUUUAACAUCUCCAUUAGUCACUAGACAAGGAACCCAAGGACUUCCUGGUUGUCCUCAAGGUGUAAACUUAAUGAAGUGUGAUAUUAAACAACAAGUCGUACCCGGAGUGAAUUCGGUUCCCUCUACUUCAUGUCGUGGAACAGCUAUUUGUAAAUUUUCUGGACCGCCGAAUGUUGCUCUCAAACCCGAUGUGGAUUUACCUGCAAAUACUGUUCUCUCAUCGGAG